GUUCUGAUUACGUAGUUCCUCUGCAUCAACAGGACAGCAGUACAGCUGCGGCAUGAUUUCACUUAAGUGUUUUUGUUAAGCCACAUGUUUACGUUCAUAAUUAUAUCAUUAUAAAUAUAAGAACAUUUAUAACUACACGGUAAGGUACCGAGGAGCAGAAUUGUGUUUCGGACCCGGAUGAAGGAUGGCAGGGGUGUUCGAUAUCGACCUGGAGUCAGAGGAUGUGAGCGAUGCAGAGGAUGAAGAGUGUAACUUCACAGUGGCAGAAACAGAGCUUGGUGAGACGGAGGAGGUGGAGCUCACCAGCGCCAGCGUGAACAGAGACAGCGAGCGAGUCGGACCGGACUGCUUUGAACUGCUCACUGUGCUCGGGAAAGGAGCUUAUGGCAAGGUUUUCCAGGUCCGGAAAGUCCAGGGAAGUCAGACAGGAAAAAUAUUUGCCAUGAAAGUUCUGAAAAAAGCAAAAAUAGUGUGCAGUGCAAAGGACACAGCACACACAAGGGCGGAGCGAGAGAUCCUGGAGACGGUGCGUCACCCCUUCAUCGUGGACCUGUGGUAUGCCUUCCAGACCGGCGGCAAACUCUACCUCAUCCUGGAGUGUCUGAGCGGUGGUGAGCUGUUUAUGCAGCUGGAGAAGGAGGGGAUCUUCAUGGAGGACACUGCCUGUUUUUAUCUGGCUGAGAUCACGUUAGCGCUGGGGCACCUGCACUCCAAUGGGAUCAUCUACCGAGACCUGAAACCUGAGAACAUCAUGCUGAAUCAUGAAGGCCACAUUAAACUCACUGACUUUGGCCUGUGUAAGGAAUCCAUCCAUGACGGCAGCGUCACACACACCUUCUGUGGGACCAUUGAGUACAUGGCUCCAGAAAUUUUGAAUCGCUCAGGACACAACAGAGCCGUGGACUGGUGGAGUCUUGGAGCACUGAUGUACGACAUGAUGACUGGCUCGCCUCCAUUCUCGGCUGAAAACAGGAAGAAGACCAUUGACAAAAUCCUGAAGUGUAAACUGAACCUUCCUCCAUACCUCACGCCGGACGCCAGAGAACUGAUCAAAAAGUUGUUGAAGAAGAACCCGGCUCAGAGACUGGGCUCCAGUAAAGCCGACUGCGCAGACAUCCAGAAGCAGCCUUUCUUCCGCAACAUUAGCUGGGAUGAUCUGCUGAAUAAGCAAGUGGAGCCACCCUACAGGCCAUCACUGCACUCAGAUGAAGACGUCAGUCAGUUUGACAGUCGCUUUACUAAACAGACUCCAGUGGAUAGUCCUGAUGACACGACACUGAGUGACAGCGUUGAUCAUGCAUUUGCUGGCUUCACCUACGUGGCCCCCUCAGUGUUGGAGAGCCUGAAGGAGGGGUUCUCAGUAGAACCGCGGUUACGCCCUGUCCGCAGACACAACAGCAGCCCACGCACCCCGAUCAGUCCUCUGUCCGAACCCUUUAAGAUCAGUAUUGAUGGAGCGGAAGAGCCUGCUGCUCUGGCUCCGGCCCCACCCCUCCCUGUUGAAAAUGGUGUCUCCAAGCCAAUCAGAACACCGGGACGCAACAAGAAACCAAAAGGACGCCGAGGUGGGAAAUGAAGCUGUCAGUCAGGCGGAUUCCCACAGGAUGCAAAUGUGUCCGUUACCACUUGGGGUCUCUCUCUCUCUCUCUGCCCACACCAAAGCAUCAUGACACGACAAGAGAAAAAAGCAUCUGAAGCAUGUUGGUAUUGUUAGAAUGUGUUGAUAUUGACUGAAUUAAUUGCAUUUAUUACUGGAAAGCUUUUGGAUCAUGUGACCGCAUGUGGAAGAACUUUUUCCCAGGAAAUGGCAAAAAAAAAAGUCGACAAGCAUUGUCCCAGGUUUAAUUUUUUUUUUAUUUACAGGAGUAUAAAAGAGACUUAAUAUAUUAGUACAUUUUGAUUUGAGAUGUAUUAAAUGCAGUUAUACUUUUUUUUUGUUCCUUUUGCUCAAAUUUGGGGAUAUUCCUUUUCAAAAAAUAAAUCUGACACACAAUCUGCGUUUCUGAAGUAUAAUUCUGAAAGGUGCUCACGUAUCGCUAAAAAUAUUCAUUAAUUUAGGGGAAAAUUAUACUCUUAUCUAAUCAUACAAAAUAAUUUGAAUAAAUUUACACAUUUAAAAUACAUUGUAUGAAACUAAUCUGGUGCUACCACCACCCAUGUUUCACAGCACUGUAAGAUCAUCUUUCUCUUUCUCCAUCUUCUCAUCCAUGAGCUCAAUUGUUGUCAUGUCCUCUUCUCUUUCAUUGCUCUGCCCAUCCUCCUGUUCAUCCUUUUUCGGCUUCUCCAUCAUUACUGUGCCAUCCAUGCUCGAGUAAUCUGCUGACGAAUCAUCCUCCUCGUCCUCAUCUUCAGCAUCUUCUUUCUCUUUCUGUUGUUCUGCCUCUGAUAUUCCUGCUUCCAUCUCCUCCUCCUCCUCCUCCUCUUUGGAAGAUUGUCUCAGACACUCCAUAGUCGCUGCCCAGGCGUUCCUUACACUUUCUGCUAUAUGUCUCUGAAUUUCAGGGAAGGACGGACGCCCCUGACGAAUGUACCAUUUAUAAGUACAGAUAAACAGCACAAUUAUUAAGAUGACGAAGAAGAGGAUUACACACACCACAGUUCCAGCAUCUGAGCUGGGUGUCGUGGUAGUCGGUGUAGAGUCAGAGCGCGCUCUAGUCGUCGGUAGGGGAGUGCUUUCUGAGGACAUGAUGUUGGUUCUGGGUAUGUCAUGAGUCUUCGUUGUGAAGGUGGUGGUGAUGAUGGGGAGCGUGGUCUUAGGAGAUGCACUUUCGGUUGCAUUUGUGCUAUGCUCUGUUGUUCUCAUGGUGAUGGUUGUGUUGUUCUGGGAAUCUGAUUCUCCAUGGAAAACAGGAGCCAUACAGAGGAGCAAAUAGAGCGCUCUCAGAAAUACAGGUAACUGUGAUCUCAUGAUGCCUGAGGAGAAAAAUCAGCAAAUGUGGGUCAAAUAGUUAAAUGCUUUUUAUAUCUGGAGUUAAAAUCCAAACCUAAAAUCAUAAUUUUUCAUUCCUUAUUUAAUUUGUAGUCUGAUUUUUAACUACUGAACUGCAGUAUUUAGCUCAGUCUCUGGGUCAAUUUAUUUGUGUCCACUUGAAAUUGGUUUGGAGCAGAGCUACAUUGUGUGAUUGUCAUGAAAUAGCCUGUAGCUUAAAGGUGCAUGAAACAAGAUUCAUCAAAAAUCUUUAAGAUUAGGAUAGGAUUUGAAAUUAUUAUUAUUAUUAUUAUUAUUAUUAUUAUUAUUUUCUUCAAUUAUUUUCAAAGAACAGUGAGAGUUAUCUGGCUGUGCUGGGCAUUUACCGAUUUCACAGUGAGAUGGGGGGUGGAGUGACAUAACGUUUGGGUUACACUUUGCUGAGGCUGUGGUUUAAACCAUUUAGUUUUUCGCCACAUCUGUAUAUGUUUGAGGUUAUUUGUACAAGUAAGAAAUAAUUAAAAUUUAUAAUUGCACCUUUAAACUAAUCUGCAAAUUAUUUACGGAUGGUGUCAAAUCUGGAAAGUUGUCAAGCUAGCUAAUGCAAAUAAAAUUGUUUUCUUGGUAACAUCCAUAUAGACAGGUUUCAUCUGCUAUUAAAUAAAUCAGUGAUGUAAUUUGAGACACUGAUACUGAAAUAUGAGUUAGCUAACAGUAGCGAUAUUAGACUGUUAUGGGUAUCAGGGAGGACACAAGGAGGAUGACCGAUCUCUUGUCUCGUAUGUUCGACAUAGGUGAUAGCUAAAAGUAUAAAAUGACAUUGAUGAGAAAUUGAAUACAUUUAUUUUCUUUGCAGUGAUUCUUCUAACUUUUUAAAUCAAACUGUAAAUUGAAAAUAAAUAAAACUUUAAGCUGGA